AUGGAUGAUGGUUUACUCCCGCAGCAUUUCCCUACAGGUGCUCAGUUGGCGGUUGGCGUCAGAGGUAGCAGUAUGUACGUACCGAGUCAGGAAGAAACAGGUAAGAAUGGAGGAUGGGUACGACAUUUUGAAGAUGAUAUGCCUUUCAAUUUGAAUGAAUUGCAAAUAGGUAAAGAUGCCAUUGUACUAGAUGAUCCAUCUACUUUCAUAGUAGAGGAUGAUGAUGAAGAUGGAAUGGAAAGUUUACGGAAUUUGCAAGAUGAUUCUCCUGUAGAUGAUGAAGUAUUAGAUGAUGACAAUGAGUUUAAUGAACAAUGGAAAGAGACGAUUAUUAAGGAUUUAAGGUGGGAGAGACUUUCGCCUUCGAUUCCUUCGAAUUUUAGCGUUUUCCAAGGUAUAGACUUCCACAAGGACCCUAUGUUUGAUACAAGAUAUGGGUCACCAAUUUCACCACAAGAUUACGUUCCUGGUACUUUAAUUAAUGAUAUUACACAAAGUGAUUAUUUGGCGGCAGUACGAAGAAAAUCAAAGAGAGAAACGGAGAAAUUACUUAUGUUUGACCCUGUGGUUAAUGAUCUAUUUGUUGCUGGAAAUAUUCAAACGGCGAGAGAUUUGAGAAGCAACAGCGAUCAACAGACAGUAAUUGCAUUUUGUUCAGGAGAGACCAAUUCGAUUUUAAAAUUAGCGGUUCUGCCAGAGAAUAAACUACACUUGGCAAAUGGUGCACAAUGGCUACAAGAAUUGUUUGCAAAAAAUGUAGACGAUGAAUUGGGGACUUUUGCUUCGAUAGAUUUAAAGGCGAGCAUCAAGAGUAUAAAGAUUGCUGAUGUUUCGAGUUUAUUAGGGCGUUGUAGUGAUACUGUUGGUGUUCUUACUGAAAAUGCGUUACAUUUUAUUAAAAUUGAUAAUAUCGACCCUCAAACUUCACAUAUAUCUUACUCGAUGCAUGAACCGUUAAAAUCCACGUCAUUUGGGGAUUUUCCUUUCGCAGAUUUCGUAUUCAAUCCAUGGGAAUUACAACAGUUUGCCGUGGUAGAUAUUAAAGGUAAUUGGGGGGUUGCUCGUCUGCCAAAAGCUAUCAAGCCUGGUAGUAGAAUACGAUUUCUUCCAAACUUGAAGGGUUCAAUCUUCGAUCCGGAAGAGUUAUCUAAUUGGAAAAGAAUCGAAUGGUCUUCCUCAUAUUCGAAACUGCUGAUCAUUGAUGCUUCCAAAAUGGUUGAAUUGGAUAUUGAAAAUGAUUGGCAAUUAGAAGUCGUUCAAGCAAAGACUUGGUCAUAUCUGAGAGAUUAUAGGAGAAUAGAUGAUGAAUUUGGCGCAUUAUUAACAUCCAAAGAGAUUAUCAUUGUGAGUACAAAAAGCGGGAACGAACAGGUUUCGAGAGUAAUCUCAUGGAAACAUUGUCUUGAUCCAACUGAUCAAACUUUGCGCCUUUCCAUUCAAAAGAUGCCAUUAGGAUUUAAAAUGUUAAUUUUGACUUGCAUUUUCUCCAAGGGUCACGAUAAGGUUUAUGUUCAUGGGUUUUGUCACGAUCAAGAUCGCCAUUUAGUCCAGGCUGUCAAUGGACCAAUUCUAAUAUGUAUGCCUCAUGUCUUUAAGGGAAUCAGUAGUAUGCAUUUUCUCCCAUACAACGAGGAAGAGAGGUGGAUUGCGUCGGAUACUCAAGGACAGAAACUUUGGUUGAAUUUCCUUUUCAAAGACAACAGUACGAACAGGUUGAUGCAUUGUUUUCUCACCAACGAUGAAUUAUCAGAUCCUCAGGAUCAAUUGUUUGUUACUCCCGAGCGUAUGGAUGCAGUUCCCUCGCUCCUGCCGCCCAUUGCUCGACAUAUUGAUCAAGUGAGGUUCUUUAUUGGUCAAACUAAAGUGACAAUGUUUGAGGAGCCAGAAACACCGAUUGCUCCUGACAGUGAAAUUUUCCAAAACUUUGGUUAUCAGCUCUCAGAGGCUAUAAAUGGUAUUGUUGAAUCGUGGGAAAACCAGCAAAUGGAUAUUGAACAGGUACAACCUCUGUUGAGUGAUUUGACGAAUGUUCCAACGAAAUACGAAAGCAUGGAAGAGCUGGAAUCGCUUCUACAUCAGCUUUCCGAGUACUAUAGAGAUUUGGGCAUAGUUUUGACCGAUUUUAAAACCAUUUCCAAGUUGUUAAUAAAAGAGGAAACAAUGAACUUUGACUUAUUUUUUAGUAAGUUGCUUCAAUGUUGGGACAUAGUUACUCCUAAUUCUCUAUCGGUGACUCGUAAAGUAUUUGACAGUAUUUUGUGGAGCAUUUUAAGGUUUUAUAAAUCUGCAAAUUACGAUAAAAUAGAAACCGAAUUACGAGAGUCAUUGACUGAGCCUUACUCAGAGAUGAUAAGCCACUGGGAUGAGGAUGAGUCUCAACUUAUGGGAGAUCAAACAUCUGACGAUAGGCUCAUACAAGAAAGCAGCAGACCACAGUUCCUGUUCGGUAGUCAAUCACAAAUUCCUACUAUUAAAUCUUCGCAAUCUAAAUCUACGAGAAGACGCCGUCACCCGCAUUCCGUUCAAACCGAAUCUUCUUUCAACGUACCAUUUACGCCUACUGAGCAGGAUCUUUCGUCAUCAAGAAUUUCUGGGAGCCAAUGGGGCCUGCUUCCAAACACAAUGACUCCAGCAUUUUCAUUGAUGUCAUCGCCUACACCAAUGCUUUCCCAAUCUCAAAAUUCACAGAGGCCCAGGAGGAAGAAGAAAAGGAUUGGUGGUUUUGGUUGA